AUGUCCGCCAUUAGGGAUAUUAUCUAUGAACCACCUGCAAAGGGUGCGUACGACGUUCUGAAGGCUACAAUCCUUCAGUUCUACACCCCCUCUAACGAGGAGAGGUUACGUCAGUUGCUGGCUCGUCACCCGAUUGGUGACACGACACCAAGCAGGCAUCUUGCGCGUCUACGCUCGCUAGCCGGCCCAGCGAACGCCAACUUUGACAUUGGCAGAGAGCUGUGGCUCGAGUCGUUGCCAUGUCACGUCCAACCGACGGUAACGGCUCUGCUGGAAGACUCCUCAAUUGAGAAAGCUGCGUCGAUUGCAGAUAAGAUAGUUGCACGUGUCGGUAAUGAGUAUAAUUUCCUC